AUGGAGGAUAGUCGCAGACGCAAACGCCACUGCUGGGAGUGUCGUCGCCGGUGUCUCGUAUGCGACUUCACAGAGCCGGCGUGCAGACGGUGCUCGGCCGCCGGUGUCGAGUGUCCCGGGUACGGCGACGUCAAGCCAAUGAGACUCGAGUGGCUCGCACCUGGGAGAGUCAUUUCGAGGGGCCGCAGGAGGAAGGGUAAGCGUCAGUCGGACGGGGAGAAGGGAUACCAGGUCAACAAUGUCGCGAGCCGAAGUCAGGUCCUGGAGAGGACCAGCUACGUGCCUUGGAUCGAGAUGAAGACCGACGUCUGCGCCUUGCCUCAAGCCGCCGAGUAUUUCAACUCGUGCAUCUACCAAGACCUGGUCCCGAUCCACCAGUUUGGGCAAAACCCGCACAUCUACCCUCUCACGGAAAGGCACCUCCGCGUGGGGGCAAGGGCACCAGAGUACUUGCAGUUCGGCAUGGUCUGCAUGACGUUGAGCCACCGACUCAACCGGACGCGGAGCGACAUACAGUCCAGAAAAGUCUUGUCCGAGAGGUUCUACAUCCACUGGGGUCUCGCAGUCCGCUCGUUGACCGAGCAUCUCAACGCGCAAGAUGAGCAGACGAGCGACAUGGUGAUUGCGGGCAUACUAACCAUUCUGCUUGCCGAUCGUCGCCGUGACUGGGAACACAACAUGCCCGGCGUCAGACCUUACCAUGACAGGGCUCCAGCUUGA